UUCAAAGGUCAGUGUUGCUCUAUGACAGUUAACAGCAGCGUGCCAUCUGAACAAGUUGAUACUGGAUGUUCAGAAAAAGACCCCAACACAGGUAAACAUUACUCAGCGUGCAGACAAGUAUGUGGAAAUGACGACCUCCGUAAGUCAACCAACAGAAGACGUGGAUGUAAGAUCAGUGUCCAAAGACUUGGUGUUUUGUGAUGAUCAAACCAUAGCUGAGCAGUUGGAAAAUAGUUGUUCAAAACUGGACACUAUCCUAGAAGUUAGCUAUGUUGAGCCAGAUGACACCUCAGUACUGGAUCCUCAAAAGAACAUUGCCUUGAAUAUCACCCAAAAUCCAGACGUUCAGCGCUCUCUUAUGGAUGAUAAACAUGCAGCUACUGAGCAGCACGGCCAAAACCUGCCAUCAUGCUCUGCAGAGGUCAACGAUGAGCUCUCGCCAGAGGGAAGCCAUAGCAACCAAGCCUCCGGUCGUUACUUCAGUGAGUCACCUGCCUCUGAGGUGGCAGAUGGUCAGAGGGAACACCACAGGCCAGGAGCCGCAGUUGCUAAAAUGGAGGAAACAGAUGAGGCCGCACACGCAGUUACUUACAGCGGCACACACCUCGUCAGUCCAGCUUUAGAUGGAACGAAUGAACCCGGAGACCCAAAAGAGGACAGCGUGGUCAAAGUGCGCAUGAGAAAGCGUGAGCAUGCUCGACUGGAUUCAAUGGUGUUGCUGCUGAUGAAGCUGGACCAGUUGGAUCAGGAAAUUGAGAAUGCCCUAAGCGCCACUUGCUCUAUGGACAACACCCCCACCCUCCAUCGACGACAGCUCCUGGAGUUGGAUUUAGGAUCUACACCAGCAGCGUCACAAAACCCUCCACAUUCACACGCUCCUGCUGUUGCCUCCACCUCAGGACCUGCACCUGACCUUGGAGCAAAACCUAAGAGUGGGAGCAACUCUACCAUCCCAGAGAAAGAAAAAGCUGAGAUUGAAGCCAAAGAGGCCUGUACCUGGCUCCGGGCAGCAGGGUUCCCUCAGUAUGCCCAGCUUUAUGAAGAUGCCCAGUUCCCCAUCGACAUCUCUUCAGUCACCAGAGACCAUGACUUCCUCGAUCGGGAUGCGAUUGAGGCUCUCUGCAGGAGACUGAACACCCUCAAUAAGUGCGCUCUAAUGAGACUGGAGAUAUCACCACAAAGAAAACGAAGCGAGGACUCUGAUGAGGAUGAGCCUUGUGCCAUCAGUGGCCGCUGGACCUUCCAAAGGGACAGCAAGCGCUGGUCCCGUAUGGAGGAGCUGGAGGUUUUCUCCACACUGUCCACAGAUGCCACUCAGCCUCCAUCAUUUCCCAAGGACCAAGUAUCCCAAAAAGGCAAGCUCGCCCUGCGCGAAGGCAACAGUUCAGAGAGUGUGCUUACUGACCUCAGUGAACAGCCUGAAGUGGGCUCCAUCCACAGCAGCGGGAGUGGAGGAAGAGGAGAAGAGAAGGGCCACAGUGCCGCCCUGGUAAAUGAGGCUGUUCCUGCUGGUGCCACUCGUGCCAGCUCUGUAGCUAGCAUGUGUUCUUCCUCUGGUACAGGUGGGUCAGGAUGCGCUAAUGAAGACUCUUUGUCUGAUGGGUUGCCCCCGUCACCCCUGGAGACACUCGGACAGUUCACAUUUGAUGUGAAAACAGGGAUAGGAGGACUAGGAGGGAGUCUGGACAGAGGAGGGGGCACUGGCAAAAGCACACGCUCACGAGCAAAGAGCUUCCUGAAGAGGAUGGAGAGUCUACGGCUGCGCAGCAGCACCUCCUCCAAGAGGAAGAAAAAGGGAAGCACGGGCGGAGGGAAGAUAGAAAUCAGUGGUCCUGUCAUCAAAGAGGGUCUAGAUGAUGACAAGCUGAGGAGGCUCAACUGUGUGGACAUCUCUAGUAUCAACCUCAACCAGAACCUCAAUCACCACCGCAAUCCCACUCAGACUAUGACACUUAACCGUAAUCGCUCUGUAUCCUAUUCCACACAGACCAGCAAUGGCAGCACUGGAAGUACUGGGAGCAGCCACUCAGAAGCCAGCAGUGGCAGUGCAGUCAGCACACCGAGCCCAGUGACUCGCGCUCGCAGUCACAGCACAGCAGCAGGCUCUAGUAAGAGAGGAGGAAUGUAUUUGGAGGGUUUUGAUCCUUUCAGCAUUCUCCAGCAAGCUUCAGAUCGUCAGCCAACCUCCCAGCCCAAAUCUGCCCCACCCAUCCCCUGCCAAGCUAGCAAUGGGAUGACAGUUGAUGAGCAGAACCGCAGGAACAACCGCAGCGUUCGAGACAAUAGCAGACAAGCGGAGGAGGAAGACGAGGAAGAAGAAGAGGGCAUGAUCUUCUUCUACUUACCAGAGGGUCACAAGCCCGGAACUUUCCCCAAAGCCCUGUGUGAUGGAAGUUCACGCAAUAACAACGGAAAUGAUAAUGGAAACUCUGUGAUCCUCAGGGGACGGCAAAGUAGACGCCAGCGUCGUGCCUCCUCGGGUUCUGUCGACAGCCGGCUCAGUUUUUACGACAACGUCCCCUACACUGAGAGAGAGGAGGAAGGAGAGGAGGAAGAGGGGGAUGAACGCAAACUGGAGGAAGUGCUACAACACGUCAGCGGCCUGCAGCGUUUCAACGCCUGGUCAGAGGCUGUGGCCGGUGAAGAGGAGGAGGAGGAAGAAGACGAAGAGGAAGAAGGAGACUCAGACUCGGCACUGGACUCAGCCUCCCCGUGCCCGUCCUCUCCUCUGCAGAACCGGCUGGAAGAGACGGAGAAUGGAAGUGACCAAGACAGCACAGGAAACCCACUGGGCGAGGGAGAGGAAGGGAUGAGAGAGAGAAGAGAUUCUGGCGUUGGAGCUUCUCUAACCCGAACCAGCAGACCACAGAAACUCCGCUGGCCGAGCUUCCAGAACUCCCAUCGGCCCAGCUUGGCCUCCGCCCAGCUCCAGAUUAGCUGCCAGUCUGUGUUACAGAUGAAUCUGCUCCAGAAGCUCUCCCUGCUGCAGCUCACUGCUCUGCUGGAGAAGCAUACCCCUACAAACAAACAUGGCUUCAGCUGGGCUGUGCCAAAGUUUAUGAAGCGGAUCAAGGUGCGCGACUACAAAGACAGGAAUGUGUUUGGUGUGCCACUACAAGUCAUCGUCCAGCGGACAGGCCAGCCCCUCCCUCAGGGAAUCCAGCAGGCUAUGCGCUACUUGCGCAAUCAGUGCCUCGACCAGGUGGGUCUUUUCAGAAAAUCAGGAGUUAAGUCUCGAAUCCAAGCUCUGCGCCAGAUGAACGAGGCGAGUGGCGCAGAUGGGGGUGGAGUCAGCUACGAGGGCCAGUCGGCUUACGACGUCGCAGACAUGCUGAAGCAGUACUUCAGAGAUUUGCCAGAGCCCCUGCUCACGAGCAAACUAUCUGAGACCUUCCUCCAGAUAUAUCAGUACAUGCCUAAGGAGCUCCGUCUGCAGGCUGCUCGAGCCACUGUGUUGCUGCUGCCCGACGAGAACCGAGAGGCACUGCGAACGCUGCUGUGUCUGCUGAGCGACGUGACGGCCAGCGUGGCCGAGAACCAGAUGACUCCCACCAACCUGGCCGUCUGUCUGGCCCCGUCGCUCUUCCACCUCAACACCCUUCGCCGCAAGGAGAGCUCCUCGCCAAGGGUGAUGAACCGGAAGCAAACGCUGGGAAAGCCGGACCAGAGAGACCUGAAUGAGAACCUGGCCGCCACUCAUGGCUUGGCACACAUGAUCCAGGAGUGCAGGAAACUCUUCCGGAUACCAGAGGAGAUGAAUCGCUGCAGGAACUCCUAUGUGGAGCAGGCGCUGCUGCCCCGACGCUUGGAGGAUCUUGCGGGUGAAGAGGCUGGGCAGGGAGGCUACAGGGCGUACCUGCGGGACAGCCUAGACGCCCUCCUCAAAGAGGCCAAGGACAAAUUUAGAGGUUAUGACAGCUGCUCCACACCCGAGCACGCCGAGCUGGCCUACAGAAAGGUGCACGAUGGGUUUCCACUGCGGCUGUGGAAGGUGACCGUGGAGAUGCCCGCAAGUCCCGAGGAGGUUCUGACGCGGGUGCUGCGUGAGCAGGGCCACUGGGACGAGGACCUGCUCGAGAGCCGAGUGGUGGAGACCCUGGACGAGAGGACGGAAGUCUACCAGUACGUCAGGAACACCAUGGCUCCGCAUCCCACCAAAGACCACCUGGUGCUCAGAACAUGGGUGACAGACCUGCCAAAGGGAGCGUGUGCACUUGUCUGUACAUCUGUGGACCAUGAAGGGGCACCCGUUGUGGGCGUUCGAGCCAACGUCCUCACCUCACGCUACUUCAUCGAGGCCUGUGGAACCAACAAAUCCAGACUCACACAUAUUUCCAGGAUCGACUGCAGGGGUCGUUUUCCAGAGUGGUACAAUAAACUGUAUGGACACUUGUGUGCUGCUGAGGUGGCGCGGAUACGUGACUCAUUCACUGCACCCAUGGACAAAUGAGAAAGCAGUGUGCAACUUGGGCAACAACAGUCUCAACAACCCUCUCCUUUGAACCCUCUCCUUUUGGACCAUUAUUUGGAUCCUACUGGGGACUUUAAAUGACUCAUUCCACCCAUUCUAACACAGAGGUAGAUGGGGUCCAAACCUCUUUAUACACACAUGUAAAGGACAAACCCUGGAUCCUGGAUUGAAGGACUUUUUAUUUUAUUUUAUUUUUUUGCUCUGGUUAUGUCACAGCAGACUGAUAUUAACAUUUUAAACAGUUUUAUCGGAGCUCAGUGUGCUGCCAAGAGGACGUAUGAGCAUGUCACACAAACAUUUAUCUGGGCCAAAGGAGAUGAUGUCGCUGAUACAGGAUGUGAGGUUUAAACUUUAUCUGAAGGGUGCUAUUGCUUCUGAGAAGCAAGGGGGAUUCAAUGUGAGUGUAUGAGCGCGCAUGCUUGUGUAUGUGUGUGUGUGUGUGUGUGUGUCUACAAAGCAACAAACGGUUAAAAAAUACAUAUUCUUUGCACUGGUUUCCAGUCGCAGUAUAAUGUGUACAUACAGUAUUCUGUUCACAGUAAUGGUUGGUGUCUGUCUUGUGUUACCUCUGUCCCUUUUUCUGUUACAGCAAAGCACAGCAGGAGUAGCAGACAAUAUUAUGAUCAGUUGAUUGAUGAAUCCAUGGGUGAAGAAAGAUGCGAAUGUGCUGGUAAUGGGCAGAUUGAGUGGAGACAAUAGACGGGAUAUAGUGAGAUAACAGGUGGCCGAUAGAACAGAGGGUUCUUGUGUUGCAGUAGAGGAAAGCAGAGACAGAUGAGAUCGGUGGCUGGCUCACCAAAAAGAAAGAAAUGAUCAAAGAAAGGGGCUCAUUUACUGACAUAUAAAUAGAUGUUUCCUCAUUCCCUCAAGAAGAAUUUAAUUCAGAGAGCCCGAGUGUGUCACGAGUUUGAUAUAGUUAGAUAAGUUUUUUUUACUCUCGAAGAUACACAGGCAAAAUAAAUAAUGAUGCGACUACGUGCAACAUGAUGCAAAAAGCCAAUUAUUCAAUUACUUUCACUCAGUGUUAGAGAAAGGAAAUGUUGUAGAAUCAAGCAGACAAACUAAAAUAGAAGACCAACAGAUUUAUUGGACCAAAUUUGUAAAAAGCUAAAAGAAGCAGUUUUUCCCAUUUUAAGUGUGUCCUCUUUGAUAAAAGUGUUUAGAGCACAGCACAAUUCACAGUUUUUGAAAUUCUUGUAGAACACACAUCACUUGUAAAUGCAAAAAAAUAAAAAUAAAAACAAUAAGAAAAACGUAUUUUUACAUGAGAACAGAAAAAAGAAAAAAUGCACUGUUCUAAAUUGCAGCAGGAACCUCUGGUUAGCCCUAUAAGAAAAGACGAGAAGUAAACAGAAAAAAAAGGUCCUUUUAUAAAGGUGGAGAUUUUACAGGUUUUACUGUAAAGAGGAGGGCAGGUUGAAUGUUUGAAGGAAAAAUAUCUUUGUGUAUGCUUCUUUUCUCUGUACUGUCUUGUCCGUGUUAAAGAAGAAGUAAGAGAUCUGGGGUCCUCAUAACAUAAGUUGACCUUCGUCGCUUCAUAACAUUUGUGCUUCAAUCUGAGGGCUCGCUUUUCUCAUGUCAAGUUGUAUGAUUAAUUCACUAAGCCAUUGUUCAUAUCAUAAAUGUUUUUAAUGUUUAACUGUGUCUCCUGCCAAAUAAUAACGCAUGACAAUGACAGUUAAUUUAAAACAAAUAUAUUUAUACCUCAGAUAUAUGUUUGUUUUGUAUCAUACCAUUUUAUUUUAUUUUAUUGUAAAUGUUAAGCUUUGUGUUACAGAAAUGAACAAAUGUUUUAUCUUUUUUAUUAAUAUUAUUUCUGUACAGGUUAAUCAAAGUGCACUAUUAAAUGUAUUAAAAUAAUAACUGUG